AUAGGUUGUGUAUAGCAGUAUCAACAGGAGCGGCAUGGCGAAUAAAAAGCUACCGCGUACGUCUGCCGACCGAGUAGUUCCAUUCUGCCGAUUGCUGUUGCAGACAACUAUGGUGAACCGAAAGGCUAUUGGUUUGCUUUUGCUGUUUUUGCUAUCCGUUGCUACCGAUGGACAAGCAAUAUAUCCUGACUCUCUGGAUACGGGCCUGUUCGAGCCUUUCGCUUCAUUCGAGGAAAAUUGGUUACAAGACAACGAAAUGCCUAGCUCACUGUGGUACGGUGCGUCAUCCGGUUCGAAGCUCUCGCCACCUUUCCUGGACCCAACGUUGGCUGGCAGCUGUACCAACACCACCACGAUCGUGUGUACCGGAUGCCGACGGGUUCGCGUUUGCAUCCCGGGAGUAAUCGAUCAGUCAUUGUUGCCGGAAAAUAAUUGUCCCCCUUCAACGUACUGCAACACGCUUGGUCCGGGUAUGGGAGGUACCUGCCUCGCCACGGUUGAUCCCACAUUUCCGGAGUGUAGCUAUACUGCUGGAAUAGAUGACUUCUUGGAAAGCCGCACCGGUAUGUUGUGCACCGGAUUGGGUGUGUUCCCCGAUCCAGUGGAUUGCCGAAAGUUCCAUUACUGUACCUCGGUUGGUGGGUAUUCGCGACCAUUCAAAUGCCCUGCCGACUAUGUGUACAAUCCGAAGAAAAAGUCAUGCAGCCGAAGCAGUCAGUGUCGAACGGUGCAAUGUCGCUCGAAUGCGAGAUCCAUAUUCAUACCGUUUCCUCAGGAUGCAAACUACUACGCAUACUGCAAUUACAAUCGCAACCGGGAUCGUCCAACGUUAAGAAAUGUGCUGGUGUACAAGUGUGCGGAAGGUUCGGAAUUCAAUACGCUGUCGAACAGCUGCGUGUUCAAGUGUCCACGGGAAGGCUUUCUGGCGAAGCCCGGUGAUCCUUCCAAGUUUUACUGGUGUCGUAAGGUUGGGGGCAGUUUGCUUGGCUAUGAGCAAGUGUGUCCAGGUGUUGGUUCCAUAUUUAGUGCCAGGCUUGGGAUAUGCUUACCUCCUCCGGUGAUUACUACUACUACGCCCGUGACGUCAUCAACCAUGUCAGCGAUGAGUGAAACGAGCUCCUCUACACCCAUCACCGAGGAGCAAACUGAAAGCUCAACUGUCUCCACGGAGGCAAGCACGGUGGCCGGGGACACACCGGUGCGACUGCCACCGUGGCCAAAGUGGCCUUCGAUUUCUGUAUCGUCACUAGUUUAACACAUAUAAUUUGGAUGGCAUUUAUCACAAAUAACGAAUAAAACUAAUAGAGAUUUUGUACAACGCUAAUCAUAUUCUGACCGUGCUUUAGAGCAUGGACUAGCACCAGCUUAAUAAGCGAUAGCAAUCGCACAUAGUUCGUGUAGU